AUGUAUUUUGCUUAUUUCUUCAGCUGCGUGCACAAUACUAACUUGAGAGCUCAUAGUGCCGCCGGUUCGGAUCCCUCCUCCGUUGUACAAAACUUCCUUCAGUCCUUGCAAGGCAAUAAUAGCCAGCAAGAGACGACAGAAUCGCGGUACACGACUCUUGCCGAUCUGCUAUCGACCCCAUCGACCCUACCUUUCCUUGAAUCGGCAGACGAGAGCGCUCUCAACCAGCUGCUCAGUUCUCUUCCCGAGUCGUUGCAGCUCCUCUCCAAGCAAAAUAACAACGCACCAGUCGAGCGUAUUAGCGUCGACAAGAAACGUAACGCCCUCCGUAAGGUCCUUCGCUCUCCACAGUUUGCACAGAGCCUGGGUAGCCUCACCAUGGCCAUCAGAGACGGAGGACUUCCCAGCAUUAGUGACGCACUCAAGAUCCCGGUCCAGAACGGCGGUUUCAUGCGUCGCGGUGGUGUCCCGCUGGGAGGAGGAGAGGCAGUCAAAGCGUUUGUCGAAGGCGUCCGGCAGCAAGUAGAGGACAACCAAAAGGGUGAUAGCAUGGAGACAGACUGA